AAUAUAUUCAUGAGGACACUAAUUCUCACAAUGCUAAUUUGCUUUGGUGCUUCAUAAAUGUUGAGAGGUUCACCAAAAUUGUUGAUUGAAGAAGAACAAGGUAAAUGAGAUAAUUUAGAAAAGCAAUCUUUGAAGCUGAAUAAGAAGAUUAAAGUUUUUAUGUUGGAAAAGAUGAUAUUUCAGCAGAAACCCUUUAAGGAGAAUAAAAUCAAGAGGUUGAAGCUAGUUUGGCAGUGUUUAAGAGCGAUGAUACACCAAUGGUUUAUAUUGAAGAAUCAAUUGAUUCAAGUAAUAAAUGUGGUUAACUUAAGACUAACAAGAUGGUUUUGAGUAGUAGGAAUCUUUGAAGAUUGAAAAAAUAGAAGAUUAAGUGUAGUAAGAAUUAAAGUGAUCAUAAAGAGCUCAAGACUUAUAGGAAGCAAUACCAGAUUCAGCAAAUUAUGUUGAUAAGGCAAUAUCUUUAGAUGGAGAUGCUGAAGUAGAAACUAUUAACAAUCCUUCAACAGAUGUGGUGUUAAAUGUUGCCCCAAAGACUGAAUCUCUUAGCAGUUCUGAAACUAACAAGAAGCAUGUUUAUGUUUACAAUCGUAAAUAAAUUUCAGAAUAAUUUUAGCUUUGGCUAAGAAACCUUUUGUAGGAAUCAAAUUCCCACCAAUGCCAGUUACCAAAGAUCAUAAUUACUUGUCCAAUUCUGAUACUUUAACAAUUAAAUUGCCUCCAUGGUCAGAACAAAGCAAUCACAGAGUAGAAGAUGAUUUAGAAUUCUUCCAGUUCAUUAGACGUAUUAAGCAAUAAAUUAUGUAGCAUCUGAUGUAUCAGUUAAUGAAUAUUGAUCUAAUAUUAUUAUAUAUUCCAU